AUGAUUCCAAUAUCUUAUCCAUCACCAAGAGUUAGUCAGUUAGAUGCAAGUAUCUUAGACAGUGAAUUAUUCACAUUAUUAAAAGAACAAUUAUCAUCAAUAUUUCAAUUACAUAAUAACAGUAAAUAUUCAUUUGGUCAACACCCAGAAUUAUAUUCACUUUUACUUAACUUGGUAAUAUUCAGACAAACCAUUUGGAAAUCAGGCUCUUCAUAUGGUUUAUCUUUACAGAAUUUAAGAUUAACUGAUAUUAAGAAUGGUAAGAUAAUUGGUAAUUCAAAAAGAGGAUUAUUAUUAGCAGUAUUGAUAUUACAAUAUUUAUAUGGAAGAUUACAAACAUAUCUUUAUGGAUUUGAUGAAAGUAUAGAAGAGGGUACAUCCAGUAAUUCGAUAUCUACCAAACUAAAAAAUUAUUUGGUUAGCAAUAGAUCCUUAAUAUUGAAUAAAAUCGAUAAUACGUUAAAACUUGCCAAUUUGAUAAAUUUCACAGUAUUCUUAAUCGAUGGGAAAUAUCCAUCUGUUGUACAUAGACUAUUUGGGAUAAUGGGACACGCACCUACAAUUACCCCAUAUACUAAUUUACCUAUUCAUGAAUGUGCAAUUUGUCAUGAUAACAAUAACCAAGCUUCACUGACUGGGGCAAGAACUUUCCCAUCUGCGGGCCCAGUGACGAAUCCGUAUAUUACUAAUUGUGGACAUAUAUAUUGUUAUGUAUGUAUUGCUGCUCGUUUCAAUAUGAUAAGUAAAGGUGGAGAAGAUUUACCGUGUCUUCGAUGUGGACAGAGACUUGAAUGGUUCCAAGAAUUAGAUUCAGAUGAACAAGCAAUUGACAAGGAUGCUAUUACCAUAGCAAAUGAGCAAGAAGAAGACGAGGUAGAUGAGGUGGAUUUUGAUGAUAAUGAGAGUAUUGUGAGUGACGAUGAUGGCAACCUUACUCCAUAUGACCCAGGACAUCUUCUGACCAGUAGAAUAGAUAGACAGAUGAGUUCAGUGUCAGCUAUCUUUGAUGCUGAUAGUCAUGAGUCGACAUCUAGUGAAGGAGAAUUUAGUGAAGAGGAAGAUUUUGAAGAAGAAGCUGCUGCAUUUAUGUAA